AUGAGUCAAGCUGAAAUCCGAGCUCAAAAGCAACGCGAGCAAAAUGAGCGCCGGCUUUCAGUUCAACGCAACAACGCAUAUUUCUCUAUUCGGUCCCAGAGUGACAGCGAAAGCGCAAAGCCCAAUCCAUCGACCACCCUCAAACCCCCUCAAGAUUCAGGUCAGCGGACUUGUCCUCCAAACUUACCAUUGACGACUCCGAUGUCUUGGAGUGAAGAGUGCGCUUCACCUGUGCCAUAUCACAUUUCAAAUUCAAAUUCGGUAAGCGAUAACAUAUCCCCAAAUAUAGCGGCAACAACAACAACAAACACACCGGUACCUGCCGACUGCACAGCGGUGUCAACAGCCCGGCCUAUUCUUGCUGCACAAGCACAAAUUAACUUGAGUGCAAGCGCUGGCAACAAAGGUAAAGCGCAAGAAAGGUUGAAAAACGAAACAACUAAAAAUGCGGCCAUACAGACUGGAAUGGACCGCUAUGUUACAAUAAAAAGAAAACUUAGUCCGCAAAAUUCAACGGGCAGUAAGACAAAAAUAAACCGCCUUACCUCAACUCAGCAAGUCAGUACGAAUAGAUUUGCACUGCUAAGUGACAAUGCCGAUGAUGUGAAUAGCCAAAUUUCUGAAGGUGCUGCAAAAGCUACUAAUGCCAAACCUCCGCCCAUUUUUAUAAGAGAAGAGAAUCCAAGCGCUCUUGUAAAAAAAUUCACACAGCUAAUCGGUAGUAAUAAGUUUCAUAUUAUCCCACUAUCUAAGGGAAAUAUUCGCGAAACUAAAGUACAAAUUUAUUCCGAACAGGAUUUUCGAACAGUGUUCUUCGUUGCCGUUGUCCGUGUACCUAAAUUCGGUAAGGUAGAAGAAAGUAUUAUUUAA